UCUAAUCAUUUCAUCAAGUCACUUUUAUUCUUAUAUAAUGGUUAUUUUUAUUGAUUCGAACACAUCAUAUAAGAUGAUAUGAGAAUGGUGACCCAAACAUGUCACUAUCUCAAUCUAUUAGAAAAUGUGCAUUAUGCCUUGAGAUCACCUUUAUUCUUAGAUCACUCGCUCUCUUGCUUCCCUUUCCUCCAAAGUAUUCCAAACUUCCUUGAGGUAUAUAAAAAGAACACAUCCUACCUCAGUAGUCUGCUAAGCCCCAAUCUUUCAAUAAUCAAUCAGUUCUCUAUUUCUUCUUCUUUGUUUUGGAUUUGUGUGGCAAAGAUGAGUAACUUCAAGAGUGAUAACCCUAACCCUGCUAAGGGUACCCCUGCUACAGAUACCCCAUUUAAGAGUGAUAAUCCUGACCCUGCUAAGGGUAUCCCUGCUACAGAUACCCCAUUUAAGAGUGAUAACCCUGACCCUGCUAAGGGUACCCCUGCUACAGGGGGGUCCCCAGAGGAACAGAAAACGGACGACUCACAAAAAGACGACGCAAAAAAGGAUGUUGGUAUCUUUGCAGCAUGAUACUCCUUGAUCUAAGGGUCUUUCAACCCUAGUCCUUUUGAUAAAACGAUAGAGCACCUUGUGGGCUUCCUUUGGAUCCGAACGAAGUGGAGUUUGGGCAUUCUUGAAGUUCUUCCUUUUCCUCCUUUGGGCUUCUACUCUUGAGGCAGGGAUAUUCUAUACCUUGUUAUGGUUUUUAACCUAGGUAUUUGUCAUUUUGUAUAAGUAGUGGAAUUUGGAAGGUUUUGGGUAAAGUUAGGGUUUGAGUUCAAAAUUUAAAAGAAGAAUUUUAUGUUGGGUUCCAUGAAUAUAUAUAUAUAUAUAUAUAUAUAUAUAUAUAUGGGGUAUUGAAUAUGAGAUUACAUGAGUUAAAAUGACGAAAUUUGGACUUGGGAUUGAUAUUUGAAAAAAUGAGAAAAUUGCCCUAAUUUGUGUUAAAUAAUUAUUUUGUAUAAAUAAUGAAAUUGAUAUGGGGACUAUGAAAUUGAGAGGAUGUGUGAAUGAAUGGUGUAGUUGGAUUUGGUAAAUCACUCACCUAUGGAGAAUUUGAUAAAUUAUCUGUUAAUAGAUUUUAUAUCUGUUUAGAAAUAUCUGUUUUGGGCUAUCGGUGGAGGAUAGCUAUGGUUGUUAUAGAAAUUGUAUGAGGACUAGGUGAAUCGAAACUGGUCAUUUGAAUUAUGUCAUUGAAUAUGACUGUUUGAUAAAACCAUUGGAUAUGUGAUUUGGAUAGUCUUUGUAUAUAACAACGUUUUUAAAUACAUUAUAUAUGUAUUAUUAUUUAAGAGGAGAUAUAGGAUGUACUCCAUUGUUUGGGAGGAGAUAGGGGAUGGACUCCAUUUUAAAUUAAGUUGGUCGGAGUGUCGAGGGUGAAAGUCCUGAAACCUUAUAUGUGUAUCUUUGGGUGUCGAUUCCCUCAGACGAGAAUCCAUAAAAUGGCAAGAAGAUUGAAGUGUUUGGAUAAUGAAUGUUAUUGAAAUGUGAAUGAAUGAGUUGUAGUCUCAUUUGGGAUGGUUUAGAUGAUAAGGAACCAUACUUAUGCAUUGAUUUGAAAUGAAUAAAUGAAAAUGGAUUAAGAUGUGGUUAUUAAUAUUGUAUGAUAAUGGAAGGUAUGUAAGUUAGUCACGAAUGUUGAACAGUAAACUGAUGCAUACAUCUUAGUUAAAUUUCAUAUACUGCGUUAGUAUAUCUUUACUGGGAUUUGGUUCACCCUACUUGGGAAACCAUUUUCAAGUACAGGUGACAUGCCUCUUCCAAGGGCAUAGCUUGGAAGGACUUAGAGGGUGGAGGCUUUGUUUUGUUAAUUUUGUGUUUAAUUGUUAACUCAA